CGGCCCUGCCCAGGGCACCGCGGGCUCUACCUGCGCCCGGCGCCCCGCGCUCCGCUCCGGCUCCGCGGGGCUGCGGAAAGGUACGAGCUCGGCGGGCGCUGCAUCCCCAGGAGGGAGGAACGGCCUCGCGUCGCCCAUCCCAGAUCUGUUUUGUAGGGUAAAAAUGAACGUAGGAGUUGCCCACAGCGAGGUGAAUCCAAACACUCGGGUGAUGAACAGUCGUGGAAUGUGGCUGACAUACGCACUCGGAGUGGGCAUGCUGCACAUUGUCCUGCUCAGCAUUCCCUUCUUUAGUGUCCCCGUUGCCUGGACUUUAACAAAUGUGAUCCACAACCUGGGAAUGUAUGUGUUUUUGCAUGCAGUAAAGGGAACUCCUUUUGAAACACCUGAUCAGGGGAAAGCUAGGCUACUAACACACUGGGAACAACUGGAUUAUGGAGUACAGUUCACAUCUUCAAGAAAGUUCUUCACAAUCUCUCCUAUAAUUCUGUACUUCCUGACGAGUUUCUACACCAAGUAUGAUCCAACACACUUUAUCCUGAACACAGCCUCUCUCCUGACCGUGCUCAUCCCCAAGCUGCCACAGCUGCAUGGCGUUCGGAUCUUUGGCAUCAAUAAAUACUAAGGAGAAGGUUCCACACUGGCCGCCCCUGACAUGGCUCCUGCUGCUCCCUGGGUGAAGGAAACGAGUAGUCUGCUGUGCCCAGUAUCUCGUCAUAGUCAGUCAGAGAUGCCUUUACAUCUGAGAUACAAUUCCUGCUUCCUGCAGCAUUGUCUGGGAUGAAAGUCGAGUUUAUAAGAAGCUGCCUUCAAAUACUUAAAUGUGAAUUGGAAACCUGUGGAAGAGAGAUUUCCAUGAAGAGCUGGGCAGGCCCAGCUCUAAAGCCUAAUCCCCGCUAAGACUCAACAUGUGGCUGAGCAGGUGAUUUGUAAAGAAAGGUGCACGUAACAGCUGAAAUGGAGAGCAGUGUUUCACAAAUGCCCAUUAUCCAUAAUGCAGAUGGUAACUUUAUAUAUGAAUCCAGGAUCCUCAAUGCCAGGGACUGGUGAGGCUGCAUUCUUAGGUUAAGUGAAAGUAGCUAGUUCCUGCUGUAUGGACUGUAGGUGGUUGUGCUUGUUAUUGCAUUUGUAAAAGUUUGUCUCACAGUAAGUACUGUGACAGUGAGCAUAAACUGAUGGUGUAAUUCCUGCCUUCUCUGUUCUUGUGAUUUAUUUUUUUUUUGUCACAAUGACCGAAGAAAGUCCUUAACUGCCAGCUCAGGGGAUUUCCACAUCAACUUGAUAGCUCGGUUUAUGUAUGCUUUGGAAAAUUGCCGCUGUUGUGUUAUUUUCAUUUUGCUUAGCAGGACACUGAUUUUUCUAUGUGUAAAAGGGACAUCCUGAAAAAUUGGAAUUUCUUUUUA